AUGGCUACUUCUGUUGAGGGACUCAAAGCUUCAGACCUUAAGGCGUUUGACCUGGCGGCUGCCGGACACGACGGUGUUCUUUCAGACGAAUCCGGUGCUCUGGUUAUCAAGCCAUGUACCGCCCAUGAAGUCUCUUUCUACGAGUCCGCUGGCACACACCCUGAGCUCGCCAAAUGGAUGCCCACCUUCUUCGGCACUCUCGAACUCUCCGACUCUGUCCCUGACGGCACUACCCCAUCCAGCAACCGUAGCAAGUCCAUCGUCCUCCAGAACACUACCCACGGCUUUAUUAAACCUUGCGUGCUCGAUCUCAAACUCGGUGCUCAGCUCUGGGACAAUGACGCUCCCCAGGAGAAGCGGGACCGUCUAGACGCCGUUAGCGCGAAAACAACCUCAAAGAGCCUAGGCAUGAGGGUUGCAGGCAUGAGGGUGUGGAAGAAGGCCACCGAGGGAUCUGAAGUCAAAGGAUACUACAAGGUUUAUGAUAAACACUACGGCAGGACCUACACGGCCGAGACCGUCAUCGAAGCUAUCCAGGAGUACUUUGAUAGCGACAUCUCAAAGUCCCAGAUGCAGCUUCUCGCGAAGAGAUUCAAGGAAAGGGUAGCGGAGAUCCAAGCUGUGUUGGAAGGUAUAGAGAGUAGGAUGUACUCUGCAUCGUUGCUCUUUGUGUAUGAAGGCGAUGGGGCGGCUUUGGAUGAGGCGUUGAAGGAAGAGGAGGAAAACGCGAAAAAACCACCAAAGACCCAGGAAGAGCUGGAUCAGGAAGAGGAGGAUGAAGUGGAAACCAAGGAAAAGAAGGUUGAGGUUUUGAAAUUGAUUGAUUUCGCUCAUGCGACCUGGACUCCUGGUGAAGGGCCCGACGACAACGCCCUGCAGGGAGUCCGGAGUGCCGUCAAGUUGUUGGCAGAACUUGCGGAGAAAUAA